AUGUUCUAUUCAACAGUGUUUUACUCGUUUGGAUCCCUUGGAAGUAUUUUGUUUGCUUUUUGGUUGCAAAAAGCAUAUAGCUCACCGAAGGAUGACCCGGAUCUCGGGACAGAGGAAAAAAGGAUAAUACUAGAAGGCGGCGUAUCAAAAGCGCCUGUUUCAGAUAUUCCUUGGAAAUUAAUUCUAUCAAAAGCGUCAGUUUGGGCUCUUAUCUCUCAUUUCUGUCACAAUUGGUGGGCAUUUAUUCAAUUGACAUGGAUGCCUACUUACUACAAUCAGGUUCUGAAGUUCAACCUCACAGAAUCUGGGCUCUUAUGUGUUCUUCCGUGGUUAACCAUGGCUGCUUUUGCAAAUAUCCGAGGACACAUUAGUUAG